GAGGCGCGGCAGAGCAGGCUGGACGCGCAGCCCGUGCACGCCGGCCUCUACAGCACGGUGGCCUCACGGAUGGCCCCCGCGGCGUGCGGCGGCGCAGAGGUCGGCGGCCGCGAGGCCGCGUCGUCGUCGUCGGCGCCCCCGCCGCUCUUCAGGCAGUGUCGGCUGUACUUCAACGGCCGGGUGGAUUGCGGCGACGGGCUCUCCAACUACAGCCUCGGGAAGCUCGCCAGGCUGCACGGCGCUGAGGUCACCGUCCGGCUGACCAAGCGGGGAGUCACGCAUGUCGUGUGCACCCAGUUGGCUGUGGCCAAGGAGCACGAGGCGCUGAAGGGCGCAUCGCGCAGGGGUGCCCUGUACUUUGUCAAGCCAGACUGGAUCGUGCAGUCCAUCGCGGCUCGCGCCAGGCUCCCCGAGUCCCGCUACUCGCUCGUGGCCCAGGUCGCGCAGGGCGCGGGCUGCCGCGCCGUCGCCGGCGCGGCAGCGCCGGCCGCCGAGGCCUCGCGCGCUCCCGCCGGUGCGGCGCCCAAGGGCAGCGGCUGCGGCGCCGGCCUGAAGUCCGCGCAGGUGCGCGAGGCCGCGCCGCAGG